CAGAAGCCACGGUCCCAGCGGAGAGGGCGGAAGAGAAGAGAUCUAGUUCCGGACGCGGACGCGCAGCCAUCUGUCACUUCGGGUCCGGCACCCGCAGCCCGUCGCCCCAGCCCCGCCGCCUGUCUCCUCGGCGGAGGCUGCUUCCUGGUCCGGCCACCUGUCUUCCCUGUUCUCGUCGCUGGCUUAUUUAAUAACAUGGAUCUGGUCGGAGUGGCAUCGCCUGAGCCUGGAUCCGCAGCGGCCUGGGAACCCAGUAAAUGUCCGUGGGCUACACCUCAAAACACAAUAUCUUGCUCCUUGGCUGAUGUAAUGAGUGAACAGCUGGCUAAAGAAUUGCAGUUAAAAGAAGAAUCUGCUGCUUUUCCUGAAGUUGUUGUUGCUGAAGGACCAUUUAUUACUGGAGAAAACACUGACACUUCCAGCGACUUGAUGCUGGCUCAGAUGCUCCAGAUGGAAUUUGACAGAGAAUUUGAUGCACAGCUUAGGCGUGAAGAAAAAAAAUUCAAUGGAGAUAGUAAAGUUUCCAUUUCCUUUGAAAAUUAUCGAAAAGUGCAUCCUUAUGAAGACAGCGAUAGCUCUGAGGAUGAGGUUGACUGGCAAGACACUCGUGAUGAUCCCUACAUACCAGCAAAACCAGUUCCUACUCCCAAAAAGGGUUUUAUUGGAAAAGGAAAAGACAUCACCACCAAACAUGAUGAAGUAGUAUGUGGGAGAAAGAAUACAGCCAGAAUGGAAAAUUUUGCACCAGGGUUUCAGGUAGGCGAUGGAAUUGGAAUGGAUUUAAAACUAUCAAACCAUGUUUUCAAUGCUUUAAAACAACAUGCCUACUCAGAAGAACGUCGGAGUGCCCGCCUCCAUGAGAAAAAGGAGCAUUCUACUGCAGAAAAAGCAGUUGAUCCUAAGACCCGUUUACUUAUGUAUAAAAUGGUCAACUCUGGAAUGUUGGAGACAAUCACUGGCUGUAUUAGUACAGGAAAGGAAUCUGUUGUCUUUCAUGCAUAUGGCGGGAGCAUGGAGGAUGAAAAGGAAGAUAGUAAAGUUAUACCUACAGAAUGUGCCAUCAAGGUAUUUAAAACAACCCUUAAUGAGUUUAAGAAUCGUGACAAAUAUAUUAAAGAUGAUUUCAGGUUUAAAGAUCGCUUCAGUAAACUAAAUCCACGUAAGAUCAUCCGCAUGUGGGCAGAAAAAGAAAUGCACAAUCUCACAAGAAUGCAGACAGCCGGAAUUCCUUGUCCAACAGUUGUGCUACUCAAGAAACACAUUUUAGUUAUGUCUUUUAUUGGCCAUGAUCAAGUUCCAGCCCCUAAAUUAAAAGAAGUAAAGCUCAGUAGUGAAGAAAUGAAAGAAGCCUACUACCAAACUCUUCAUUUGAUGCAGCAGCUGUAUAAUGAAUGUACCCUUGUACAUGCCGACCUCAGUGAGUAUAACAUGCUGUGGCAUGCUGGGAAGGUCUGGUUGAUUGAUGUCAGUCAGUCGGUAGAACCAACUCAUCCUCAUGGCCUGGAGUUCUUGUUCCGUGACUGUAGGAAUGUCUCACAGUUUUUCCAGAAAGGAGGAGUAAAGGAAGCCCUUGGUGAACGAGAACUCUUUAAUGCUGUUUCGGGCUUAAACAUCUCAGCAGAUAAUGAAGCUGAUUUCUUAGCUGAGAUAGAAGCUUUGGAGAAAAUGAAUGAAGAUCACGUUCAGAAGAAUGGAAGGAAAGCUGCUUCGUUUCUGAAAGAUGACGGCGGUCCGCCAGUCCUGUAUGACGAAUAGCACCAACCCCACUGCUUUUCAGUGUUAACACAGUGGCGAUUGUCAGCUGCCAGUGGCAAAUGAAGUGAUGGGUGACUUGAAAUACCAAAACCUGAGGAGUGUACAAUGGUGCUUCUGUGCUUUUUCCCCUUGUAACUCAGAUGCCAGAUGUGUGGAGUUUGUAGCUCAGUGUUGGGAGAAUAAAAUGUCACUACCUCUCGUCUCAUGAA